UUUCUUUCUCUCGUCUCAUUUGGUCACCACUUCCAGCUUCUGCACCAGGCUUUUCCCAACUUCGCCCGGUCCCGCGAUCUCACUGCUCAUCUUUCCUUGGAUUCUCCACACUCCAUUGCAGAUCGAUAAUUGCAGCAUUGGAAAGCACAAUUUCACGUUUUCGAAAAGCGCAAACAAGAUUUGAAUGUGGUGAAGUAGUGUUGCUGGUUUGGGAACGCGAUCCAUGGAGUGGACGACGCUGCAGCACCUGGAUCUGCGCCACGUCGGCCGUGGCGUUAGGCCUCUGCAGCCUCACGCUGCUUGCUUCCAUCCUCACCAAGCUCUUGUCGCCGUCGCCAUAGGAACCUACAUCGUCGAAUUUGAUGCAUUAACAGGAAGCAAGAUUUCCGCUCUUGACAUUGGGGCACCUGUUGUACGAAUGUCUUAUAGUCCUACAAGUGGGCAUACUGUGAUUGCAAUCCUCCAGGAUUGUACAAUACGGUCUUGUGAUUUUGACUUAGAGCAAACAUGUGUAUUACAUUCACCAGAGAAGAAGACAGAGCAAAUUUCUUCUGAUACAGAAGUUCAUAUGGCUUUGACCCCACUACAACCUGUUGUUUUCUUUGGGUUUCAUAAACGAAUGAGUGUGACAGUUGUUGGAACUGUAGAAGGUGGUAGAGCACCCACAAAAAUUAAGACAGACUUGAAGAAGCCUGUUGUCAACCUUGCUUGUCACCCUCGUCUCCCCGUACUGUAUGUUGCUUAUGCAGAAGGUUUGAUUCGAGCUUAUAAUAUUCAUACCUAUGCUGUUCAUUACACACUACAACUUGACAAUACCAUAAAGCUUGUUGGUGCUGGUGCAUUUGCCUUUCAUCCAACUCUGGAAUGGAUUUUUGUUGGGGAUCGACGAGGUACACUUCUGGUAUGGGAUGUAUCAACUGAGAGACCUAUUAUGAUUGGAAUAAAACAAGUUGGUUCUCAUCCUAUAACAUCAGUUGCUUGGCUCCCCAUGUUGCGCUUACUUGUAACUCUAUCUAAGGAUGGAAAUCUUCAUGUUUGGGAAACACGUGUUGCAGUUAAUCCUAAUGGACCUCCUACUCAGGCUAAUUUUUUUGAGCCUGCAGCUAUUGAAUCAAUUGAUAUCCCUCGAAUCCUUUCUCAACAGGGUGGAGAAACAGUUUAUCCAUUGCCACGCAUCAAAGCUUUAGAGUUUCAUCCAAAAUUUAAUUUAGCAGCACUAGUUUUUGCAAAUGUGACAAUAGCCGACAGCUCAAAAAAUAGGGCCAGAUACAGUAGAGAAGGGAGAAAGCAACUUUUUGCAGUUUUACAAAGUGCACGAGGAUCUUCAGCAUCUGUUUUAAGGGAAAAACUUUCUGCCUUGGGUUCUUCUGGAGUGUUAGCAGACCAUCAACUUCAAUCUCAACUACAAGAGCAUCAUCUUAAAGGCCAAGGGCAUCUUACAAUAUCAGAUAUUGCGAGGAAGGCUUUUCUUUAUAGUCAUUUUAUGGAGGGCCAUGCAAAAAUUUCUCCUAUAUCACGCUUGCCUCUUAUCAGUGUUCUUGAUAACAAGCAUCAUCUGAAGGACUUUCCAGUUUACGAGCCUUUUCAUUUGGAGCUAAAUUUCUUUAGUAAAGCAAACCGAGUUCUGCAUUAUCCUGUCAGGGCAUACUAUAUGGAUGGACUGAACCUUAUGGCACAUAAUCUUUCUUCUGGAUCUGACACUAUCUACCGGAAGCUAUAUACUUCGAUUCCUGGAAAUGUGGAGUACAGAGCAAAAUACCUGAUACACAGUAAAAGGCAGCGGUUAUUUCUUGUAGUUUAUGAAUUUAGUGGUGCUACAAAUGAAGUUGUGCUUUACUGGGAAAAUAGUGAUGCACAAGUAGCAAACAGUAAAAGCAGCACAGUAAAAGGUCGAGAUGCAGUAUUUGUUGGCCCCAAUGAAAAUCAGUUUGCAAUCCUUGAUGAUGACAAAACAGUAUUGAGUGUAUAUACUCUACCAGGAGGGGCCUCUCAAGAAGCUAAGGACAAUGAAAAUGUUUUUGAAGAGAACCCAACUGCAACUGCAGAGACAACUGUUGGGUCAAUUCGUGGCCCAAUACCGUAUAUGUUUGAAACUGAAGUUGAUCGUAUCUUUUCUACUCCAUUAGAUUCAUCUUUGAUGUUUGCUACUCAUGGAAACCAAAUUGGAAUAGCGAAGCUCAUACAAGGUUACAGUCUAUCAACUUCAACUGCCAAUGGCCAGUACUUAUCAACCAAUAGUGAAGGGAAAAAGUUAAUUAAGUUGAAAAGAAACGAGAUUGUGCUUCAGGUGCACUGGCAAGAAACUCUUAGGGGAUACGUUGCUGGAAUAUUAACAACACAGCGAGUCCUUAUUGUUUCAGCAGCCCUUGAUAUACUUGCUGCCACUUCUGCAAAUUUUAAUAAGGGACUUCCUCCAUUUAGAUCUCUAUUGUGGGUUGGGCCGGCCCUCCUUUUUUCUACUGCUACUACUAUCAGUAUACUUGGUUGGGAUGGAAAAGUUAGGCCUAUCCUCUCAAUCAGUAUGCCUUAUGCGGUGUUGGUUGGUUCUUUGAAUGACCGGUUGUUGCUUGCUAACCCCACGGAAAUAAAUCCUAGACAGAAGAAGAGGGUUGAGAUCAAAAGCUGCCUUGUUGGUCUUCUUGAACCAAUUCUUAUUGGAUUUGCCACAAUGCAGCUAAGUUUUGAGCAGAAGCUUGACCUGUCAGAAAUAUUAUACCAAAUAACAUCAAGGUUUGACAGUUUGCGCAUAACACCAAGGUCUCUGGAUAUUCUUGCUAGAGGAUCUCCUGUUUGUGGAGAUUUAGCCGUGGCUUUGUCACAAUCAGGUCCACAGUUCACUCAAGUGAUGCGUGGAGUUUAUGCUGUGAAAGCUCUUCGUUUUUCCACUGCUUUAUCUAUUUUGAAAGAUGAAUUUCUGCGUUCCAGAGAUUACCCAAAAUGCCCCUCCACAUCUCAUUUAUUUCACCGGUUCAGGCAGUUGGGUUAUGCCUGUAUCAGGUUUGGUCAAUUUGAUAGUGCAAAAGAAACAUUUGAAGUUAUAGCAGAUCAUGAAAGUAUGCUUGAUCUGUUUAUAUGCCACCUUAAUCCAAGUGCCAUGCGGCGUCUUGCUCAGAAAUUGGAAGAAGAAAGUCUUGACUCGGAAUUGAGGAGAUAUUGUGAUAGGAUAUUACGAAUUCGAUCAACUGGAUGGACACAAGGUAUAUUUGCCAACUUUGCAGCUGAGAGUAUGGUUCCUAAAGGACCUGAAUGGGGUGGUGGAAACUGGGAAAUUAAAACACCUACUGCUGUGAAAGAUAUACCUCAGUGGGAGCUUGCUGCAGAGGUGACACCAUACAUGAAAACUGAUGAUGGUACAAUACCAUCCAUUAUUGUAGAUCAUAUUGGUGUGUAUUUAGGCUCAAUCAAAGGAAGGGGCAAUAUUGUAGAGGUGAGGGAAGAUGGUUUGGUUAAGGUUUUCAUGCCUAAAGGUAAUGAUAAUAAAAUAAAUGGACCUGAAGCAUCUUCUGUUAAAUCUGUAUCUAAUCAUCAGUCGAAUGUGGUUGGUAAUACCAAAGGUGAUUCGUUGAUGGGUCUGGAAAGCCUUAACCAACAGCUUGUCAGUUCCUCUGCUGAUGAACAGGCCAAAGCAGAAGAAGAAUUUAAGAAAUCCAUGUAUGGAACUGCUGCCGAUGGCAGCAGUAGUGAUGAAGAAGGAGUAUCCAAAAUAAAAAAGUUACACAUAAAAAUACGGGACAAGCCAAUUGCCUCUUCUACUGUGGAUGUGAAUAAGAUUAAGGAAGCCACUAGACAGUUUAAACUUGGUGAAGCGUUAGCUCCACCUACAAGGACCAGGUUCUCAACUGGUGGAAGCCAGGAUCUUGGCCAGAAUUUUUCCCUGCCUCCAGCAACUACAGGGUCAGAUUCUUCAACUGUUUCAACUCCUGGUGACAUUUUUGGUACAGAUACAUUGACUCAACCUGAACUCGUUUCACAGCCAACUAGUAGCGUUGUGAGUGGGGGACUUAAAGCAGGACCUAUUCCCGAGGAUUUCUUUCAGAAUACAAUUCCAUCCCUUCAAGUGGCUGCGGGAUUACCCCCUGCUGGAACUUUUCUCUCUAAGUACACUCCAGGGGUUGAAAAUAUUAAGACAACUCCUAAUCAAGUUGGUGCUUUUGAAGCUGAUGCUAGUGUUCAAGGUGGUAUUCCCCCUCAAACCAUUCAACAACCUGUUGUUUCCAACGAGUCCAUAGGACUUCCUGAUGGUGGUGUCCCACCACAAUCCUCAUCUCAGGCUGUGGUCAUACCUGACUCUCAGCUACAGGCUACUCAGGCUCAAAUUUCUAGCCAACCUCUUGAUCUUAGCAUACUUGGAGCACCAAAGUCUCCCGAUUCAGGGAAGCCUCCACAAACUGGUUCUCAACAAAUUGCUGUGCAUCCUGGACAGGUUCCCCGUGGAGCUGCUGCUUCUGUAUGUUUCAAGACUGGACUCGCUCACCUGGAGCAAAAUAAUCUUUCAGAUGCAUUGUCUUGUUUUGAUGAAGCUUUUCUUGCCUUAGCUAAGGAACAAUCUCGUGGAAUCGAUAUAAAAGCUCAAGCAACAAUCUGUGCUCAAUACAAGAUAGCAGUCACUCUUCUCCGGGAAAUUGGACGUCUGCAGAAAGUCCAUGGUCCGAGUGCAAUAAGUGCUAAAGAUGAGAUGGCUAGACUUUCACGUCAUCUUGGUUCCCUGCCACUUCUAGCUAAGCACAGAAUAAAUUGCAUUCGAACUGCCAUCAAAAGAAACAUGGAUGUACAAAAUUAUGCCUAUUCGAAGCAAAUGUUAGAAUUACUGUUGUCUAAAGCACCUUCAAACAAGCAGGAGGAAUUUAGAAGCCUGAUCGACCUGUGUGUUCAGAGGGGUUUGACAAACAAGUCCAUUGAUCCUUUGGAAGAUCCCUCACAAUUCUGUGCUGGCACCUUAAGCAGGCUGUCAACUAUUGGAUAUGAUGUCUGUGAUCUCUGUGGAGCCAAAUUUUCGGCCGUGACUGCACCUGGUUGCAUUGUCUGCGGAAUGGGAAGCAUCAAGAGAUCAGAUGCUCUUGCCGGAGGAGGACCAGUUCCUUCUCCGUUUGGUUGAGUGUCUGAGAUGGAUUAUAAUCUUUGUUAUAUAUGACCUUUUGUACCCCCGCUGAAAGUAUUACAGAGACAACCUUGUAGAGAAAGUAUACAAGAGACUAUGGGGUAUCAAAUAUUGCGCCACAUCUGGAGAGAUUGUAAGGUUUAUCAUCUAUUGCGAACACUGCUUUCGAGUUUUGAUGCGAUUGUGGGCUCUCUUUUUUUCCUAUGAUGCAUUGCUUGUGAUUACAGAGUGUGUUGUUGUCCUGUAAUGUAGUUGUGUUGUUCUUUUGCCAUGAUAGAAAAACGAAGUUGCAGAUCAAUUGCAUUUCGUAAAUAUUGCUCUCGUCCUUUACGGUCAGUAUACACAUUCGGCUAUGCAUGUAAAUUUAAGAUGGGAUAUUAUUUGAUGUGCAUAUGAGAAAAUCGACAAUUUUUAUCCA